UGUAUAGUUAUUGAUAAAAAAAGAUAUUAACCCUUAUAAAUCAUACUAAAAAGUAGCUGAAAAUUUUGUGUAAACCUACAGAAGCUAACUAUGGCCCUCCUUCCUUUAGGACUACUUUUAUUAAAAUCUACAAAAUGUUACGCGUCAAGGCGCGUACCGGUGCGAAAUUUGAUGUCGAAACAGUUAGUUUACAGUAAAUUUGGAGAUCCUCUGUGUGUUGUGAAGUUCCGAGAAAGUGCUAUACCACAACUAGGAGACCUGGAAGUACUUGUGAGAAUGCUAGCUGCCCCAAUCAACCCAGCCGAUAUCAACACCAUACAAGGAUUGCGUCCAGAUUUGCCCAACUUACCCCAUGUCGCUGGAGAUGAAGGUGUUGGCGAUGUAAUGGAAAUUGGCGCUAAAGUAACCUAUGUAGAGCCAGGCCAAAGAGUAGUCCUGUCUUCCCGACAGCUAGGAACAUGGAGGUACUAUGGUAUUUACAAGGAAAAGGAUGUCCAUAAAAUCCCUCCCAACAUUCCUUUAGCUGAAGCAAGUAUGCUUACAGUAGCACCUGUUAGUGCCUACAGAUUGCUACAUGACUAUAAGCAAAAACCACUAUGUUCUGGACAAUAUAUUGUUCAAAACGGGGCUAAUAGCGCUAUCGGGCAAAGUGUAAUACAGAUUUGCAAAGCCAUGGGAGUCUACACACUUAAUAUUGUUGCAAAUCACUGUGGGUAUGAAUCUGUGAAAGAGCACUUGUUAAGUAUAGGCGCUACAAAAGUUUAUACCCUGGAAGAAGCUGAAGAAUUGGCGUGUUGUGGUCUAAGUUUUCAGCGACCAACAUUAGCACUAAACUGUAUAGGAGGGAGAUAUGAAGAUGUUAUGCUUAGGCUUCUUGAACGCUGCGGAGACAUGGUAUAUUACGGAGGUGCCUACUGUCUACCUGUAAAUCAAUACAUGCGCUGUGAUGUUUGGUUUCACAGGUUCCGAUUGUCUGAUUGGGACGAAAAUACUACAAAUGUAGAGAAAGAACUUACAUAUAAAUAUAUACAAGAACUCAUAGUAAUGGGGAAGUUUAAUGCGCCUAUGUAUGAACCUGUGAUGCUGAAGUAUUUUGACUAUGCUCUCAGGAAUACGUGUCGUUGUGAAGCUUUUUCGACCCUAAAUUAUGUGUUCGAUUUUACAUUGAUUUAAAUUACGGAAUUAAAAAUCAACAAGUCCUAUUAGUUGAAUUUGUCCUUGUUAUACUUUUGUAUACCUAUAUUUUAAAUUUUAUAAAAAAAAUGGAAAACGGAGUAAUGUUCAUUUGUAAUAUACUUACUUAUUUGUAGCUUGUAGGUAUGUUUCAUUUUUCGGUACUCGGUAGGUAUAAUUAUGUACUUAAGUAUAAUAAUGUGAUUAAUAGAAAUUUAAUGCUAACUAACUCAAUCUUUCGCUUUAAUUCAGGAGGAAUAAUAUAAUUAUUAGAAUCAUUGUUCAACCUCUAAGGUAACGGACCCAAUCAUGGACAGUUUAAGAAAAAUUUUCGCCUCUUUUUGAUAUUUCACUCAUAAAUGUAAAAA